CAGAGCCUGGGCUGGGAGUGGCACAGGCUGAGCCGGCCCCGCUGCCACUGCGGGGGGAACACGGCCCCGCCGGACCCCCGGGGGCACCCCGGACACUGCGGACACUGCGGACACCCCGGACACUGCGGACACUCUGGACGCUCCGGACACUCCGGACAUGCCGGGAUGGAGGAGGCAGUGGUGAAGCAGGGCUGGAUUUACCUGCAGCUCCAGCAGCCAUUCGGGAAGAGGUGGAAGAAGCUCUGGGCCGUGCUGUACCGGGACAGCCGUGGGUCCCCGGCGCACCUGGAGCUGCGGGACGGCCCCGAGCGGCCGCGCAAGGCCGAGCCCGCCCGGCGCCCGCUGCGGCUCCGCGACUGCGUCCGCGUGGUCCCGGCGGGGACCGAGACCUCCUGUCCCGGGGACACCGUCCCCAUCCUGCUGGACACGGCCGAGCGCCGCGUGCUGCUGGCUGCUCCCGCGGCCGAGGCGGACGAGUGGAUCCGGCGGCUGUGCGAGCUGGCAUUCCCGAGGAGCCAGGAGGAGCCGGGAGUGGCCAAGGAGGGAUCGCUGAGCUCGCCGGGCAUGGAGGGAGAGUUUUCCAUGGAGGAAAAUUCCCUGUACAGCUCACGGGACAAAGCCGGCCUGGAGCAGGAGUUCGAGGUGACAGUGAGGCCGACGCCGUCGUCGCAGCGCUGCCAGCUCCGGGGCCGCUGCAUCCUGCGGGCCGCUGAGGAGUCCCUGGAGCUGCGGCAUCCGAGGAGCCGGGAGCCGCUGUUCCGCUGGCCCUACCGCUUCCUGCGCCGCUUCGGCCGCGACAAGGUGACCUUCUCCUUCGAGGCUGGCCGGCGCUGCGAGUCCGGAGAGGGCAACUUCGAGUUCGACACCAGGCAAGGCAACGAGAUCUUCGCGGCCAUCGAGGCGGCCAUCGAGCUCCAGCGGGGCCGCGGCACCGAGGAGCCGCGCCGGGGAGGCCCCGCGGACGAGGGCCUUGACCGGGCCGCUCCGGCCGGGCGGGCGCAGGGCCGCGAGGAGCACGAGGGCCCCUCUGGGGAGGCCAAAGGACUCAAGGCCAAGGCGGCGAUGCCCCCCGGGGCAGGGGAGCGCUCGGGGCCGCUCCAGCCUUCGCGGGGUGUGGAUUUUCCCCACGCCGAGCCCCGCCGUUCCCCACGGCUGAGGCCGGACGGCGCCGAGGUGGAGCCCGAGUACGCCGUUCCCUUCGAUGCCGUGGCCAAGGCCUUCCUGGCGCGGCGGUUCGGCGGCCUGGACCGGCCCCAGGAGGAGGUCCCCGAGCUCCCGAGGGUCCCCAGGGAUGCAGGAGGGGGUGGGCAGCCCCCCGGCCGCCCCCCGGCCCCCAAAGCCGAGCACAUCUAUGACGAGCCCGAGGGGCUCGCGGCGCUCGCGCUCUACGACGAGCCCGAGGAGGUGAAGGGGGAGGCCUGGAGGCUGCAGGCGGCCCCCGAGGAGCCCCCCGGGCUGGGGUGUCCCUACAACGCCCAGAGCGACGACUACGCCGUCCCCAAAAGAUCCUUCCUGCUCCCCGGCUCGGAGCGGCUCGGCCACUGCGACUACGACAACGUGGCCCUCAGGGGGGCCAGGAGGAGGAACCUGCAGUGAGGAGCAGCGGGGACAGAGGAGGGGGCGACACCACAAAUGCCCCGGUCUGACUCUGGGCCAUGGGGACACAUCUGGGCAGCGGGGUGGCACAGCCGGGGAUGGCAGGGGACACCUGAAA